CAGUAUGUGUCACUAUGUGUGUGUGUUCUCACCAGCAGAUGGAGCAUUUUAUGAAUUGCUGCUGGUUCUGGUUGGUGUAGAAGAGGAGGAGUCAGUUCAGCUGAUGUCGUGUGCAGGAGGCUGACAGCAGGCAGGCAGAGAGGCUGGGUCCAUCUCAUCCUCCAUCCAACAUCCAACCCUGACAAGGACACAACCCCUCCCAGCAAACACAAAGGAGCAGGAUCAACACAUCAUUAUUUAUAUCAAACAACAGGAAUCAUAUCGAAAGCAUCAAGAUGUUGGCCUGCACAGAGCUGAUCACCAUGUGUCUUCAGUCUGCAAAGCACGAACACUUGAGGAAACAGCAGGAGCAGCUUAACCAGAACCAGAACCAGAACCAGAACCAAGGCAUCCCUCUGUUCCAUGAUAUAUUCCGCCGGGCAGACAAAAAUGACGACGGGAAGCUGUCCUUGGAGGAGUUCCAGUCGUACUUCACCGACGGCAUCCUCACUGACGACCAGAUGCAGGAGCUGUACGGCUCCAUCGACAGGCAGCAGACAGACAACCUGGACAUAGACAAACUCUCAGAGUACUUCACUCCACAUCUGGGGGAAUACGUCAACGUCCUGUCUGCUCUGGAAAAGCUGAACGUGGCCAUUUUGAAGGCCAUGGAUAAAACUAAAGAGGAGUACCAGGGUUCAUCAGUGCUGGGUCAGUUUGUGACACGCUUCCUGCUGAGGGAGACCUCCACCCAGCUGCAGUCCCUCCAGUCGUCUCUGGACUGCGCCAUGGAGGCGGUUCACGACCAGGGCUGCACCGGGAGGAGGAUACUGAAGAAGCCCGAGGACCUGCCGAUCCAGAGGGCGGCCAAACGCCCCGGCAGACGCAUCCAGAAGAACAUGUGUCUCUCCCCUACUGACCCGUACUCUGGCAUGCUCACCACAGGGGUCAGCGUGGAGCCGGACAACCACUGGGGCUCCCAGAUCAACCAACUGGAGCAGCUCAUGGACAAACUGGAGUGUGAGAGUCCACAUCUUGAACCGCUCAAAGAGGACUCACUGGCAGGGACGUAUAAUUCGAACAUACUUCUGGUCCAAAGACAAAUGUCUGUGAAGGAGAAGGAUGUGGAGCAGUUUCAACAAGCUCUUAAAAUCUACACAGACACCACCAGCAGCCAGCUAAACAACCUGCACGUUUCAGUCCAGAACCUGCCAGACAGAUCAUGCUUCAUCAUGUACGAAUUUUGGCAGGACCGUCUCUCCUGGAUGAGCUACCUGCAGUCGUCCAUCAGUAAGACCUUCCAGCGCUGCGUUAUCGACUCACUGGAAGAGCCGGAGAUGGUCUCCACCAUGCUCCUCCCAGCCUCUUGGUGGAUUAUGAACAACAACUGACAGGGCAAAGCUGCUGCUGCUAUUCAACACAUUAAAAGCAGGAGGAAGAGCUGAUUGCGUAAUCGUUUUUAUCUUUUCUUUUGUUCUUUGAUAUCCACUUUUUUCCUCACGGCAUGACCAGGAUUGUUUUUUGCAAAGCUACGCUCCGAGGUUAUAAAAAAAGAAUAAAUGAUAUGACAGAGUAUGAGGGCCACAUUGAGGGGAAAAAAACCCUGAGAUUUCGAGAAUAAAGUCAUAAUUUAAUGAGAAUAAAGUCCUACUAUUUCAAGAAG